GCCUAAAGUCUUAGGAUUUGGGAGUAUAAGAAUAGGCCCAUUUUUCUUAGUUAGAAAAAGAAAGAAAAUUGCAAAACUUCCCGCUAAAAGAUUGCCAGGCACUUCUUCCCGCCACUUUUCGCACGCCCAAAUGGAUAAACCCCUAUUUCCCACCUUGGCGGCAAAUCGUUGUUACCUUCCGCUUUUAACGGCAAAGUAUGAAACCGAGAGAUCUGGCGUUGAUCUCGGUCGCCGGAUUGUUUGGCGCCGCCGCAUAUGCCGCAGUAGUUCGCGUAUUUCUCCGCCGCCGAAAAUCCAGUCCGCCGCCCACGUCUUGCGCCGAGUUGGAGAUCAGUGAGGGACGGAAACGUUCCUUGAAGAGCCCGUACGACCCAUCUAAACGAGAAAGUUAUUUGUCGUGGGAUGAUUAUUUCAUGGCGAUUGCCUUCCUCUCUGCAGAACGGUCCAAAGAUCCCAAUAGGCAGGUUGGGGCUUGUUUGGUGAGCCAAACUGGUAUAAUACUAGGCAUUGGUUACAAUGGAUUUCCACGCGGUUGUUCUGAUGACAAACUGCCUUGGGCUAAGAAAUCCAAAACUGGAAAUCCCUUGGAGACAAAGUACCCUUACGUCUGUCAUGCUGAAGUUAAUGCUAUCCUGAAUACAAAUCAUGCAUCAGCUGCAGGGCAGAGGCUCUAUGUCACCAUGUUCCCUUGCAAUGAAUGUGCCAAAAUAAUUAUCCAGUCAGGUGUUUCAGAAGUUGUUUAUUUUGUGGAGAAAAGGUUGCAGUGUUGUGAUACGACUUAUGUUGCUUCUCAUAAACUUUUAUCAAUGGCUGGCAUUAAUGUAAGGCGGCAUGUCCCAAGGAUGAAUGAGAUCUCAAUUAAGUUUGAUGAGCUAUAGAAGUUCACACAAGUUCACAACAUGGGAGUAUUAGCCUUUUGGAUCAAUGUCAAGUAUGUGGUUGUUUAUUAUGCACUUGAUAUGUUGUUGUUUAUUAUGCACAUGUGCAUGCUUUAUAAUAUUGUUAGGAAGAAAAUUAUAGACAAUGUUGUAUAUGUACACCUAGUUUGCACAAACAAGUAUUACAUCUUUCUUUGUCAUAAAUGAGUUUUUCUUUG